CUCCCACGUCCUCCGACCCGGCGUCACCUGGUGUCGUGGUCUGAUGGUGUUUCUGUAUAAAAGCUGGUCGUCCGCUCAGACGUGAUCAUUGAACCAUGGCCUUCCUGUGGAUCCUGUCCUGCCUCGCCCUCGUGACCUCCGCCUACGGGUGCGGCACUCCUGCCAUCCAACCCAUCGUCUCGGGUUACUCCCGUAUCGUGAAUGGCGAGGAGGCCGUGCCUCAUUCCUGGCCCUGGCAGGUGUCCCUGCAGGACUACACCGGUUUCCACUUCUGCGGUGGAUCUCUGAUCAAUGAGAACUGGGUGGUGACCGCCGCCCACUGCAACGUCAGAACUUCCCACCGUGUUGUCCUUGGAGAACAUAACCGUUCCUCUGGCAGCGAGAACGUCCAGGUCAUGAGAGUGGGCCAGGUGUUCAAACACGAGAACUACAACGGCUACACCAUUAACAACGACAUCCUGCUCAUCAAGCUAGCUUCACCCGCUCAGUUGAACAUGCGCGUGUCUCCUGUGUGUGUGGCCGAGAUUGGAGACAACUUCCCCGGGGGCAUGAUGUGUGUGACCAGCGGCUGGGGUCUGACCCGCUACAAUGCUUCUAACACCCCCGCCCUGCUGCAGCAGGCUGCCCUGCCCCUGCUGGCCAACUCUGACUGCCAGCGUUACUGGGGUAGUAAAAUCACAGACAAGAUGAUCUGUGCUGGUGCCGCCGGCGCCUCCUCCUGUAUGGGUGACUCUGGUGGACCCCUGGUGUGUCAGAAGGGCGGGGCCUGGACUCUGGUUGGUAUCGUGUCCUGGGGAAGUGGAACCUGCACUCCCACUAUGCCUGGUGUCUACGCCCGUGUCACUGAGCUCCGUGCCUGGAUGGACCAGAAGAUCGCUGCCAACUGAGCCCCAAAUGUCAUCAAUAAACUGAUCAAUAAAUGACAGAGUAUCUGAUACCA